GGAGGUGGUGAGCCAGGGGGAGAGGAGGUGAGACAGGAGGAGAUGAGGGGGACGGGCGGAGGUGAGACAGAAGGAGAGGACGUGAGGUGAGAGUGGGUGGAUUCAGUUUGUCCUUUCUGUCGUCUUUUAAUUCACCUCUGUGGAAAAGGUCAUGAGGUCAAAGGUGUACAGGAGGAUUUAUACGACGUUAAAUAUCGCUGCAGCAAUGAAUUGUGGGUCUGUUCCUCCUUUCCUCUCACAUAGAAAGCGCCAGUGUGUCCCCUGCUAAAGGAGAGAGGAAAGGAAACAUUGAAGCUUCUUUCCUAAGCACUUGAGGGAACACUGACGGGUCAUAUCAAGAUUUAGGAAACUUCCUCAGCAGAACUGACCAUUUGACCUCAGCCUCAGGUUCUGUCCAUAGAUUUAUUAUUAUACUUUAUUAUACUUAAUUAUUAUCCUCUGACGCUCUGCUGCGGGUCGUGACCUCGUGGUUUUGGCGGGAAGGGGACCGGUCCAGGUGUCUGUUGCUAGGGAGACUGAAGCUCUGUCUCACCCUCAUCCACCAAACACACUCGCCAAUAAGAAAAAUACCCGCGCGCGUCACCAGGCAGAUUUACACCUCGACAACCAAUCAGAUGCCUCGGGUCCGGAACGGGCGCAGGACACAGACACAGACCGAGUGACAGCGACGAGUCCCGGGCAACUGCAUCACGGAGACAAGAUGCCGAACAAAACCAAGAAGGACAAGGAAACGAACAAAUCUGCCAAAAGCAGCUUGAAGAUCAACAACAACACGAGCAGCGGGAAAGAUGCUGCUGCGGACAGCUGUGACGAGGCGCAGCAGCAGCAGAGCGGGAGUAAACGUCCCAGUAACAGCACGCCUCCUCCCACUCAGCUCAACAAGAUCAAAUACUCUGGAGGACCUCAGCUGGUAAAGAAGGAGAGACGCCACAGCUCGUCGCGCUUUAGCCUCACCAAGAACAGAGAGCUGCAGAAGCUAACGGCGCUCAAAGAUGCCCCUCCCCCGGAGCGCGAGGAGCUGUUUGUGCAGAAGCUGCGUCAGUGCUGCGUCCUGUUCGACUUCCUCAGCGACCCGCUCAGUGACCUCAAGUACAAAGAGGUGAAGAGGGCGGGGCUCAAUGAGAUGGUCGACUACAUCACACACAACAGUGACGUGGUGACCGAGUCCAUCUACCCUGAGGCCGUCGUCAUGUUUUCAGUGAACUUGUUCCGGACACUUCCUCCGUCGUCGAACCCGACAGGAGCAGAGUUCGAUCCUGAGGAGGACGAACCCACGCUGGAGUCCGCCUGGCCUCACCUGCAGCUCGUGUACGAGUUCUUCCUUCGCUUCCUCGAGUCUCCAGACUUUCAACCAAAUGUUGCCAAAAAAUACAUCGACCAAAAGUUUGUAAUGUCGCUGCUGGAGCUGUUUGACAGUGAGGAUCCCAGAGAGAGAGACUUCCUGAAGACAAUCCUCCACCGGAUCUACGGGAAGUUCCUUGGCCUCCGAGCUUACGUCCGCCGCCAGAUCAACAACAUCUUCUACAGAUUUAUCUACGAGACCGAACAUCACAACGGCAUCGCUGAGCUGCUGGAGAUACUGGGCAGCAUCAUCAACGGUUUCGCGUUGCCUCUGAAAGAAGAACACAAGAUGUUUCUCAUCAGGGUUCUGCUGCCGCUUCAUAAAGUCAAGUCCCUGAGCGUCUACCACCCACAGCUGGCGUACUGUGUGGUCCAGUUCCUGGAGAAGGACAGCAGUCUGACUGAGCCAGUGAUCAUGGGUCUGCUGAAGUUCUGGCCAAAGACUCACAGUCCGAAGGAGGUGAUGUUCCUGAACGAGCUGGAGGAGAUUCUGGACGUGAUCGAGCCCAACGAGUUCGUCAAGGUCCAGGAGCCGCUCUUCAGACAGCUAGCCAAGUGUGUGUCCAGCCCACACUUCCAGGUGGCAGAACGAGCUCUGUACUACUGGAACAAUGAAUACAUCAUGAGUCUGAUCAGUGACAACGCUGCCAAGAUUCUGCCGAUCAUGUUUCCUGCUCUGUACAAGAACUCAAAGAGCCACUGGAACAAGACGAUCCAUGGUCUGAUCUACAACGCUCUGAAACUCUUCAUGGAGAUGAACCAGAAACUGUUUGAUGACUGUACACAACAGUACAAGGCUGAGAAGCAGAGAGAGAAAUACAAAGUGAAGGAGAGAGAAGAGGUUUGGUACAAGAUCGAAGAGCUUGCUCGACAGAACCCACAGAGUAACAAGCUCCACCCCCUCCGGCCUGGACUCCGCCCACACGAUGAGUACAUGUUGUACAGUGACUCUGUAGCUGUUUACUCGAUGGAAACAGAAACUCCAACAGCAGAAGAUAUUCAGCUGUUGAAGAAAACUGUGGAGACUGAAGCUUCACAGGGUGUGAAGGAUCUAAAGAAGGACAAAGUCCUGACGAGGAGAAAGUCUGAGCUGCCGCAGGACGUCUACACCAUCAAGGCUCUGGAGGCUCAUAAGAGAGCUGAGGAGUAUCUGACAGCCAAUCAGGAGGCUCUCUGACUGGGGGGCGGUCCCCUCUGAGCACUCUGGGGUCAGAUCAGGGCAGGGCUGACGCUGCGUUCAAGACCUAUGACCUCUGACCCUGGUGGUUGACAACUAGAAAGAAUCUGUAGAAGCUCCGCCUCUCCCCGUCAUCGCUUAACACACCUGCUGCUGUUACACAUGAACGCAGCACCAGGUCCCUGAGCAUCCUGGUCCCUGAACGCAGCACCAGGUCCCUGAGCGUCCAGGUCCCUGAACGCAGCACCAGGUCCCUGAGCGUCCUGGUCCCUGAACACAGCACCAGGUCCCUGAGCGUCCAGGGCCCAGACGAAAAGUCCAACGGGACUUUUAGUCUGUGGUACUGCUUUUGUUUCCGUCUGAAGGUUCGAGUCUCUGUGGUCUCGCCGCCCUGACGCCUGGUCAACGUCUCGCACGUCACAUGUUUGAUUCUUCAUGUUUAAAACGUGAGCCUAUCAGCUGAACGGUGGUCGUCAUGACGACAGGACUGAACAGGACAGCGUCAGCCCCUGAGCUCGUCAGUCCAGAGAGCUUUCUGAUUGGCCGACAGAGAGUGAGGGAUGAGUCAUCAAACAGCUGACAGGAACAUAGAAGAGAUUCAAAUGUGAAGUACCAGGAUGUUGGUUUUAGACGCUGGAACAUGAAUGAUUCAUGCUGUGAUGAUGUCAGAGCAGCAGCUCGGUCCUGAUUCGUGGCGUCAUGUCUCAGUAAACGAAACAAUCUAUUGAUCAUGUGACAAUCAGCUGAUGUCCUGAGUCUGUCGUCGCCCGUCACCGUGGAAACAUUCAGCAGAACCUAGAACCUGAGCCACACGGGUUCUUCAGGUUCUUCAGAUUUAAGUUCCUCCAGUGGAACACCAGUCCCAGCACUUUAACUCAGUCGCAUGACACCUGAACGCAGCAAUGGUGACCUAAAUGACAGCAAGUCUCCGCCCCCUCCACUGACCUGACCAAUCACCUGUCAGCUUCAGUCCACUCAGCUUCCAUUCUCCUGAUUGGUUUAUUAUAUUUUGACAUAACGAGUUUAGACCAAUGAAAAGUCAGAAACCACCCAUCGGGUAAAAGGUCACUUAGACUCCCCAUGACAGGGACGUUCAGGGGUCAUUUUCAGAUCCACUUCAGCUCUGUCUUUGAACACAUCGUGAACCCUGAUGUGACAGACGGACACUGAAGGCAUCACAGAGGUGAUGAGUCUCAGAUUCCCAUGAUCCUCUGCUGCGUCACUUAUGUUUAACAAACACGCUGAAUCGCACCAAACGUUAAUAAGAAUGCUGCCGUCGUCAUGACAACAGAGCAACUGGGUUCAUGAACGUCGUCGUCAUGACGACAGACCAACUGGGUUCAUGAUGUUUUGUAACAAAGAUUCAAACUUCAGGACGUUAUGAUGUUUGUGACAUGAACGUGUCAUCAAACUGUUUCCAUGGUAACAAGCUGGUCAAGUGACUAUCUGGGGGGGGGGGGGGGGGGGGUAGCCCCCCCCCUCUUUCUCAGUGUGUUCACCAGGGGGCAGAUCACUGUGCUCAUGUUCUACUGCAGCCCCACCUCCUCCAUCUGCCCCCUGGUGGACAAACUGAAACAAACCUCAUGAACUAUUCUCACGAUUUAAAUUUGUGCUAAUUUGUCGAGGACGAAGAAACAUUUCGUGACACAGCCUCACAUCGGAACACAUGUGACCUUUAUGAGAACAUGACAAGUAUGAUUUUGUACAAAUGUUCAUGUACAGAAGAAAAUAAAAUAAUCAAGUGAA